ACUGCCCGAUUGAGAAUUUCCCUGCACGCAUGAGCAAAUUAGUUAAAUUGAGGCAGCUUAUAGCGGAUGCCAAAACAAUUCGCAAGUUGGCUAAUGUCAGGAAGCUAACGUCUCUCCAAGAGUUGCCAUAUUUCAAAGUCGAAAAGAAGAGAGGACACAAGAUUGAAGAAUUAAAGGAUAUGUUGCAGCUCCAUGGAAGACUAUGCAUUGAAAAUCUUGAGAACGUCGAGAGUAGGGAAGAGGCCAGUCAGGCUAAGCUGAACAACAAACACCACCUCGAUGAAUUGGAGUUGGUAUGGAACAGCUCAGGGAACGAUGAUGAAGUACUUGAAGGCCUCAAACCACAUUCCAAUCUCAGAAGGCCGGAAAUCAGAAAUUAUGGUGGUGUCAGAUUUCCAAGUUGGCUGGAUCCACAAUCGCUCAAAAGUUUGAAAGCUAUUUGCCUAGAAAAUAUCCAAAGCUGCGAGCAACUUCCAUCUCUUGGACAGCUGCCAUUCCUCAAGAUUCUGCACAUCAAAACUAUGCAUGCCGUGAAACAAAUUGGUCAUGAAUUCUGUGGCUCUCCAGAGAUCAAAGGAUUCCAAUUGUUGGAAAAGCUGGAGGUUUCAGACAUGCCGGAAUGGGAAGAUUGGUUCGGAACAGAAGGUAUCCAGAUGUUUCCUCGUCUGCCUAAGCUGCAUGUCGAGAAUUGUCCCAAGCUAAAGGGUUUAGCCUGCCUCCCUCCCUCGCUCAGACUAUUGCACCUACAGAAUGUGGGAAUAAACAUGCUCCCAGAAUCAUGGGACGGAGACCAUGGUUUUAAUGAUGACAGCAGGAUGACAAAACGCAGCAGAAGCAGCAGCAGGACCUCUUCACUUUCUCGCAUGUAUAUCGUAGGGUGUUCAAACCUGGAAAAUCUGGAAGAAUGGCUGUUGUUACACCACCUGCCAGCUAUCGCGGCAUUGAUAAUUGUUGACUGUCAAAAGGUUGUGCGAUUGCCAAUGGAAAGGUUUAAAGAUUUUCUCUCCCUCGCGUACUUGGACAUCACAAGCUGUCCCUUGCUCCCGUCCCGUGCGCGACUGAUCCUUCCCUCUUCUCUCCGACAUCUCAAACUGAAUUCUUCAUGCGGUCAUCUGGAUGAGUCGCUACCCGACUGCCUGCAAAACCUCACCUCUCUCACCGACUUGCGUUUGGUUGGUUGCCCGCACAUAACAUCUAUUCCAGGAGAAGUGCUCAGUCGCAUGAUAGCUCUCAACGAUUUGACUAUUUGGGAGUGUAGAGAACUGAAAUCACUGGGGGGCUUACGAGCUCUCAGAUCUCUGGAAGAUUUGACCAUUAGAAGAUGUCCUCGGCUCACGGUAUUGGCAAAUGAGGAAGAGCAGGGCGAGGGUUUGGCAUAUCUUCGCAAUUUGUGCAUCGACGACACUGCGCUGGUCAAAGUGCUGUUCUCCACAAUCGCCCUGCCCUUUCUUGAAACACUCCAAAUCUGGGGCUCAGCUCAACUCACACUAUUCUGUGGAGAGGAGCAACUGUGGUUCCAAAGCCUUAAAUCUCUCCGACGCCUAAUCCUUCAAAAUUGCACCAAUCUCCGGUCCCUGCCAACAGAGUUGCAUAGCCUUUCCACCCUCCGAUAUUUGGAGCUAUCAAAUUGCCCUGAGAUCCGCUCGCUGCCAGAGAAGGGCCUGCCUCCAUCCCCAACAGAAAUAUAUUUCGACAAUUGUCAUCCGGUGUUGAUUGAGCAAUUGCAACAAUACGAGAAAAUUAUUGGAUGGAUGUCUGGUCAGGAUACCACCUUCUAGAAUCUUUUCAGUACUACACGAUACAGUAAAAAAAAAUAAA